AUGGGGCGGCGCCCAAGGCACGCUCGAGAAGCCCCCGCAGUGGAUGCCCUUCCGCAGCGCCGGGAGCAGCCGACGGCGGAGCCCCCGUCGCCACCUCCGCCCGCCCCCGUGGCCACCGCAGCGCCGCGCAGCCGGGUGCCCGCCCGGGAGGCCCGGGCCGGCAUCUCGAGCCAGAAGUGCGCCCCGCUGGACGGCGCGGGCCCGCCGAAGAGCCCCAAGGCGGUGCUGAGCGUGGGCUCGGUGGGCCACCCGAUCUCGUGCCAGGAACCAUGCAAGUACGUGCGCAAGAACCGCGGGUCGCUUCGCAAGGACGGGGCGGACUGCAACCGCUGCCACGUUUGCUUCUGGAACCGCUACGAGGCAAGCCGCACGAUGGGCUCGAAGCGGUGA